GCACGUGUUUAGAAAUAAAGUAGUUUAUUUUGGACGGCACACAAUUUCAAUAGAACGUAUUUACUGAGAAAAUAAUUAUAAUAAUUAUGCCAGCCGUUGCGAAAAAAUCUGCAAAAGCUGCAGCAUCAAAGUCAGACGAUGCUGUGAAAAAGCCAAAAAAGCAAUCAUUGAAAAAGAUUCAAAAAACUGCUGAAAUUCUUGCGGCUAAAAAGUUAGCAAAGUUGAAAUCGACCAAAGCCAUUUCGGAGAAGUUGAGUCGAGCGCCAGUUGUGAAGAAACAAAAGGCAAAGCAUCAAUUUGAUCCGUUGCGAUUAAACCGUGGUGUGUUGCUCAUUAAGAAUCUGCCGAAAGGUUUCUUUGAGAAGCAAUUGAAGAAAUAUUUCUCUCAAUAUGGUGAAGUGACACGUUUACGUUUGGCCCGGUCAGAACGGACGGGAGGUAGCAAAGGAUAUGCAUAUCUCGAAUUUAAGUAUCCGGAAGUUGCCAAAGUGACAGCCGAAGCAAUGGAUGGUUAUUUGAUGUUCCGUCAACGAUUGAAAACUGCUUAUAUUCCCCCAGAAGCCCAAGAUCAUGAUUAUUUCAAACAGCCAGUACGAUUUGUCAAACAAAAACAUGGCAAAGUCAAACUCGUAACACCAACAACAAUUCGGGCAGCAAAAGCGGUGAAAAAUUACAAUAAGCGCCCUUCAGCCGAAGCAAUUGAAAAUCGGGCUGAACGCAGCAAAUACAAAUUACAAUUUUUAGAAAAGAAAUUAGCCAAGGCUGGAAUCAAUGUUGACCUCAGCACUCAACUGUAUACACCUGUGAAAAAGGAGGAAACAUCUGAAAAAGGAGUGAAAGUCAAAAAAGCACUUAAAAUCGAAAAGGGAGUUAAAGUUGAAAAGGCAGCCAAAGUUGAAAAGGCGGUGAAAGUCGAAAAGGCGAUAAAAACAGAGAAAUCAGAAAAAGCAGUAAAAACAGAAAAAGUUGAGAAGGCUGUAAAGGUUCGAAAAAAUAUCGUCGCUCCACCAACGCCUGAACCAGUUCCAGCGAAGAAAAAAUCGAAAUCGAUGGAAACGGCCACCGCAAAAACACUGAAAUCGAAAAAGAAAUCGGCCACCACUAAACUUAGUAACGAACUCGAAACACCAAAGAAAAAGGUGCGAAAGAAUUUUGUGACUGCUCCAACACCCGAACCAGUGACAGCGAAGCCAAAUAAAAAGGCGCAAACAACAGAAGUAACCACCGUGAAAACAUUGAAGUCGAAAAAGAAAGCAGCUUCCAAUGACGUUAGCAAUGAAUUAAAAACACCGAAGAAGAAGGUGCGAACGAAUUUUGUGACUGCUCCAACACCCGAACCAGUCAAAGCGAAGCCAAAUAAAAAGGCAAAACCCGCUCAAAAUGCCACACAAAAAGUUGUCGCCAAACCGCAAAAUUCCGCUCCCAAGAAGAAUAAACAAUCGAAAAACAAAAAGAAAUAAUUAAGCAAAUCGUAGGUCUUUUAUAUUAAAGAGUAAAAAAACAUUUUUAGUUUUUAUAAAAAGAUUUAUCUUUGAAAUGAAGAAAAUAAAAUGUACAACAAUGUGUUGUACUAAAUUGUAUUAAGUUACUAAUCAGAUUGAUCGUGAUUCAUUAAAAUAAAUAUACUGAAUGACACAAUUGAA